GUUUUGUGCGUAAGCAAGCUCUGUAAAUGAGCCCCUGGACGGUGACGUGAAUGUUAAAGGCUUAAUUUUAGAAACGGUUAACUUUAAUUCCAGGUAUACAGGUAUCUUCGGGUCGAUAAACCAGGUUGUGACUUAAGGAAAAGUAAGUGCACGGCGCUAUUGUCCAGAUAUCACGACUUCAGUUUCCUUGAUUUUAUUUUUAACAUGUUUAUUCUCGAUUCUCGAUCUAUUGUAGCUCUUCACACCCAUGAGCUUCACCUGUUUAGUCCUGUCGAGUUUUAUACUCAAGAGUUGAAAAAUGCUCCCCUCCUCAGCGUGGGCGGGGUCCUGACUGUUUUCUUAGGUAGCCCGUUAAAAUGCCCGAACUCAAAACACUUCUUUUUCCAAGAUGGCGUCGAUGAAGGACAGCGACACCGGCCUGUGGCUUCACAACAAACUGGGAUCAACAGACGAGCUCUGGACGCCCCCGAGCAUCGCUUCUCUGCUCACCGUGUCCGUGAUUGACAACAUACGGCUCUGCUUUUCGAGCUUAUCGCCGCCGGUGAAGCUUAAACUGCUGCUCGGGAUGCUGCAUCUCCCCCGGCGGACAGUUGACGAGGUGGGUAGCUACCCGUUAGCUCGCUGUUAGCCCUGCAGGUACGGGAAGGUACAAACAAAGAGAAACAGCUUAGAGAUGAGUCAGAUAUCCCGGGUGUUACUCUAAAUAGUGGCACACCCUUCCUACGAGUGUUAAAAUCCACCAGAAGAGUUUCCAAACAGCGAUAUCGAGCCGUUAGCUGAAGUUAGCUUGCUGUCAGGGACGACACUACCUGUCACUAAACGGUUACUUCGCGACUUAACCCGACGCUUUCUACCUCCUUUUUUUAAAUAAUAGCACACGCACGAAAUAUCAUUAAUGCGCCGCAGCUACAUUGCUACUCUAACGCCAACUCAAACUAGCGUUUUUAGCCGUUUUCUCGCCGCUGCGGUUAAAGUUAGCCCGUCUGUCCUCGCGCAGACAGACAUUAUGGUGGGAUGGGCACGAGACAGCUAACGGGGAGCGGGAGGGCGGUACCAGCACGCGCGCUCCGACAUAUCACCUGCUGAGAUGCUCGAGCGUUUGAAACCGUCAUCAGUUUGUCUCCUAAAACCACCUAAACCCCCGUAUUACAUGCAUUACAUUACAUGUUCUCACCACUUCAACUAUCAAAACAUUUAGGUCAUUUCAGUCUAUUUUGUAUUUUUCAUAUUCAUGUGUUUAUUGUCACUUUUGUAUGUCAGUGUGUAGCUAUCUAUUUCCACUGUUGUUAUCCCUCAAUCGUAUUUUCCCGAAAAGGAAAGGCCCAUCAUCUGCAAUAGCUUCUCUUCCAGGGGUCUAUAUCCCACCAAAAGAAAUAGCGUACUUUUAAAUGGCUUUUUUUUUAAAUAGCGUAGCGUUUUGGUUGAGGUUUGUUUAUGGCUCCUCAGACCGCUGUGUAUUGCUAUCCUGCGGUCGUUACUAAAGUUGGUAUAACUAGAGAAGUAAGCAGUCGGCAACAUUCAUCUCUCGAGGGGGUGUCUAACUCUGUGUUACAGUGUGUUUGACCAUAAAUUUAUUUUACACCAGAAUAUCCCUUUUAACAUGCACUCCGAGCACACCAACUCUAAAUACAACAAACAUGUCAAAGAAGACACCUAAUGAAUGUAACAGAAUAUGUUCAUGUUUCUACAAACUGUGUCAAGCAACAUACCAUUGCGUCACAUCAUAAUUAUUAACUUUAAUUCAGUCAUGUCAGGGUUUCAUUAAAAUGUUUCUUUGGUAGCCAUUUACAUUAGUAAAAUCUGAUUUUAUUUAGUCUUGUAUGUCCUCUAGAUGAGGACAUACAUAUUAAAUAGUGGAUAGUGGUCAACCAGUAACAGUUAUUCUACUUUAUUAUAACACUAUCACAUUGUUAAGUAUAUUUAUUUUUUCUAUUCUAUUGCUGAGGUGUUUAGUAACCAGCAGUAUGGAUGAUUAAAACAUAGAGGAUAGUAAGAUGCAGGUCUAUGUAUGUUGUGACAAGAACAUUUUUCCCUGUAUGUAAAGAAAAUGGUUUGUUCAACAGUCAGCAGGUGGCUCUUUUGUACUUCUGAAAAAGUCAGCGCCAGAGGGGUGUUAAGAAGUGACUCCUCUUUCCUGUCGUAACAUGUGUAUUCAAAUGGGUUCAUUCCUGUAGUCACACAGGGCCGUGAGAGUCAGAUAUCACUCAGAGAAAAAACACCUCCCAAAUAUAACUUCUGUAUAAAUGUUGAUUUUAAUUUUUCUUCUAUUGGACACAACCAAUUUUUUUCCCAGUUCAUCUUUUGUUGAUUGAAGUGGUUUCAUUAUCAUCCUCCUCCUCUUCUCUCUGCAGAUGAAGGAGGCUCUGUCAGAGAUAAUUCAGCUGGCCACGGUGGACUCUGAGCCCUGGGUCCUGAUGGUUGCAGACAUCCUCAAGUCUUUCCCUGAGACCGGAUCUCUGAAUCUGGACUUGGAGGAACAGAACCCAAAUGUGCAGGAUAUCCUCGGGGAGCUCAGAGAGAAAGGUGCGAAGUGUGUGUGAUGGAUCUCUGUGCUCAAACUGCUCUGCCGAUCACUGAAGUCAAAUGUCUCCAUCCUUGACUGUUUUUCAGUGUCACAAGUUUCGGUUUCACACAGCCAGCUGCUAAAGUGUUAAAACUGUUUACAUCAGGAGACGUAGUUUAAUAAGUAUCAGUGCUGAGGUGAAUUCUUGGUUCAUCUCCUCUCUCUUCCCCCUCUCAGUGGGCGAGUGCGAGGCGUCUGCCAUGCUCCCUCUGGAGUGCCAGUACCUAAACAAGAGUGCGCUCACCACCCUGGUGGGGCCCCUCACACCUCCAGUCAAACAUUUCCAGCUGAAGAGGAAGCCCAAGAGCGCCACCCUCAGAGCAGAGUUGCUCCAGAAAUGUAAGUCACUGAUAUGAUAAUGAUAACUGACACAAACUGAAAGUUCCUCACAGUCGCUUUAAAAUAAUUACGAACAAAAAUCAAUCUUUAUCCCUUUUCUCUCUUUCUUAUUUCCAGCCACAGAAACAGCCCAGCAGCUGAAGAAGACAGCUGGAGUGCCUUUUCACGCCAAAGGGAGAGGACUGGUUAAAAAGAUUGACACAACAAGUGGGUUUAAACCAAUUAGUGCACUGAAAUACCUGCUCUACCGUUACUUCAUUUCAUCAUUUAGCACUUCAAAGAUGUGAACACUUUGGAAAAUAAAGAAACUCUGCAAAAAGUUGACAAAUUAGCCUUAAUGUGCACUAAUCAUCAAAUCAUUAACAUGUUCUAGAUUAUAGUCAACAUGCUUGAAGCGCAGGCUUUGUUUUCGUUUUGUUGCUGACACAUGCUUUAAUAUUUCCACCCCAGCUCCUCUUAAGGGGAUUCCUAAAGCUCCGUUCCGCAGCCCCACUGCUCCCAGUAUGUUCAGCCCUCCUAGUAACCGCACACCCAUCGCCCCUCCACGGACGCCCUUGAGGAAGGAGAGGGGGGUUAAGGUAAUGUGGGAUUUCAGAAUCACCACCUGUCAACUCAAAAAUGACACAUUUUACUAGAUUCCUCUGAGUUUUGAAGGACUGACUCUAACACAAUCAUUGUGUUUUGUCUUUUAUCCAUGCAGCUGUUAGAUAUUUCAGAGCUGGACAUGGUUGGAGCCGGAAGAGAGGCAAAGAGGAGAAGAAAGACUUUGGGUAGUUAUAUUCCCAGCCCUCUAUCAUCUACCAUCUUCUUUCAUCAGCCCACAGAAAGUGACUUUUUUAAUAUGUUCUAUUUUUUCCUGCGGUAGAAACGGAGGCUGGAGAAAAAGCAGCCAAAGAAGAAGCAGUGGUGGAAAACACAACACCAGACUACGCUGCCGGCCUCGUGUCUGCACAGGUACUGCACUCAGCACUGCACUUUUGAAGCUCAUUUCUACCACUCAGUCUUGAUUUUCCGGUUUUGUCCCAUAAAACCCUCUCCUAUAAAUCUGUCUUUAUGCUCAUUUUUCAGAAACUGGGGGCUUUGAACGAGAAUCCUCUUCCAUCUACCAGCUACCUACCAGCUACACCCAGCAUGGUCCCUUCUUCCUCUUACAUUCCCAGCUCUGAGGCGCAGCCAGGUUAGCUCAAAACGGUCACAAACACAUGAGGGAAUAUCCUGAUUAUGGUGCUUAAAGAGGAGGUGUCAUGCUUUUUUCACAUUUUGAAAAUAAUUGUUAAGAUUUAAAGUUAGACGUCAGGACCAAACAUGAGCAAAGUGUCAGAUUUCAAGGUUAAUGUCUGUUGAAUUAUCUGUAUGCAGGAAAUGGCUUUAUCUGAAUUCAAGGAAAUGGACAUAUAAGUGAAAAUCUUUUAUGCAUGUCUAAAUCUUUUUAUUCAUGAUACGUUUGGGAUUCAUAACACCCCUGGAGAAACCACUGGGUGACGUCUCAGAGACUGCUUCCAUGUUUUAUACAGUCCACAGUUGCAGCUCUUCCCUGUAUUUCUGUAGGAUAAUUUUAAACAGACAGAAACUCAACCAAACUCCUCACAACGUUUUUAUUUUCUUUCUCUUCCAAAGCAAAUGCUGGUGGUUCAGGUCGGGACACGCUGCAGUCCGCUCGUCAACCGGAGGAGUCAGCGACAGCAGGCGCGGGCGCCAACGCAACCUUACCAGGCCAGUACAAACAGAGGACGCCGAUGUACAACGCCGGCAACACAGCCAACCCGGCGACCCCCACGUCCCCCAGCACGCCGGCCUCCACCCCCGCCAACAACGGGCCCCCUGCAGCUGCAACCGCCAGCCAACCAGAGACCCCUACCCAGCCUCCCACAACACCUCAGACCCCCACCCCGACACCCACACCCACACCUCCGCAGCCACAGCCCAAAAAGAACCUGUCGCUCACGGUAAGAUGUAGAUUCACUCAAAGGGGACUGUAACUUUUCAGGGUUGAUGUUCAAAUGUUGGUGUUGAAGCUUGCCGUUCAAAUAUCUGCUGUGUCCCCCUCAGAGAGAUCAAAUGUACGCCGCGCAGGAGAUGUUCAAGACGGCCAACAAAGUCACCAGACCAGAAAAAGCUCUCAUCCUGGGCUUCAUGGCUGGAUCCAGAGGUACACAGAUAAUCUCACUGCAUCAUAAACAAACACUCGUUCAGAAUGGUGUCAGGUUUCGGUGUGUCAGCUGAUCUUGUGUCUCUUACCCAAAUCUGGUUGAGUGACUGAGACGCUGUUAGAAAAAUAUUUAUCUUGUCGGAGUGACAAGUCAGUGUCUUCUUGAACUCGGUCCAACCAGUCUUUUACAAAAGGUCAGUAAAAACAAAGAAAACCCUGAAGCACAAAGAGCUUUUAUGUAAGCAUGAAAGUUUUAACCCCAGCUGUCCCAGCAGAGGGUGAACAAAAAACACAGAUCAGAUUUAACGCUCUUGUCUGGAGUUUUUUUUAUACAUAAUUUGUCAUUUUAGAGAGAGACUCCGGGUAACUUUGUGACAUCUGAAGCAUGGCAACAGUAGAGGGGGGUUCAAAAAUACUUUAAAUUGUCUUUAAGACAGGAACAGAAUAAAGCUUGUUCUUAAUUUGUCAUUCUGAAUAGUGAGACACAGGCUUAGUUUAUGAGAUUACCUGAAGCAUGGAAACAGUGGAGGAAGGUUCUAGAAUGCUUUGAAGAAUGAGCCACUGGCUUAGUCUUUGAGAUCACCCAAAGCAUGGAAACAGUGGAGGAGGGUUCCAGAAUGCUUAAAGCGCCUCUAAGACGGAAGCAAAAUGAAACUUGUUCUUAAUUUGUUGUUCUAAAUUGGAAGAUCCUGGCUCAGUCUAUGUCAUCAACUGAAGCAUGGCAACAUUGGAGGAGGGUUCUAGAAUGCCCUUAGGAGUGAGACACUGGCUUUGUCUAUGAUAUCAACUGAAGCAUUGAAACAGUGGAGGAGGGUUCUAGAAUGCUGAAAAGCGCCUCUAAGACAGAAGCAAAAUGAAACUUGUUCUUAAUUUGUUGUUCUAAAUUGGAAGACACUGGCUCAGUCUAUGUCAUCAACUGUUGCAUGGCAACAUUAGAGGGGAGUUCUAGAAUGCUUUCAAGUGCCUUUAAGACAGGAACAGAAUGAAACUUGUUCUUAAUUUUCAUGCUGAAUAGUGAGAGACAGGCUUAUUCUAUGACAUCAACUGAAGCAUGGCAACAGUGGAGGAGGGUUCUAAAAUGCCUCAAAGAAUGAGACACUGGCUUAGUCUAUGACAUCAUUUUAGGCAUGGCAACAGUGGAGAAGGGUUCUAGAAUGCUUUAAAGCACCUUUAAAACAAAAUGAAGUUUAAUAAAGCUUUUCAAAGGUAUCAGUCUGAGAUAACUUAAGAUAUAUAUUAGUUGUGAUAGGUUUUAUUGUGCUUUAUGACUCUUUAACAUACAAACCCGCUGUAACCGGUCUUCCUCCUCUCCUGCGUCUCACAGAGAACCCGUGCCCGGAGCAGGGGGACAUCAUCCAGAUCAAGCUGAGCGAGCACACCGAGGUUCUGCCUAAAGCCGACGGUACGGGCAGCACCACCAUGCUGGUGGACACUGUGUUCGAAAUGAACUACUCCACAGGACAGUGGACCCGCCUCAAGAAAUACAAACCCAUCACCAACACCUCCUGAGGCGCUCCGUUACUCCAGGUCAAACGCGCCCUCGAGGUUUCAUGUCCACUUAACGAAAACAACAUCGACAUGUUUACACACAUACUUGUAUCUGCAUACACAUUUGGGCCAAACGGAGCAGCGGGCAGGUGACACAUCUUCAAGGAGAGAAAGGUCCUCCCUUUUCCUGGAAACGCUGGACUCUGAAGAAUAUUUCUGUACUUUUUCUUUGGUUCUUCCCCUUUUAUUGUUUCUGUUUCAAAGUCGACCUCCGAAUGACUCUUUGUUCAAGAGAGGUGAGACUUAUACAUACGAGUCUGAGCGGGACGCGGGCACCUUCUCAACAUUUGUACUCUGAGCAUGUGGCGCGUCUAGAAAGGAGAAAAAAGACGAGCCGUCUGUAUUUUUCUGAUGAAUGUGACUGUCGCAGCUUCUCUCGGGCCUUUCAGAAAGGAAUCGGGUUCACGUGGGGAGGAAGGAGGAGGAGGAGAGCGAGCGGUAAAAAAGUUCCUGUUGCUGUCUGUUCUGGUAGAUGUUGAAUAAUUUUUCAUCCUCUUUCAAAAGAAGGGAAGAAAAUAAAGUGACAACAGAUUCCAA